UUACAACAGGCGCAAGUACAAGACGCACAGAGUCGAGCAAGUUUUGAGUCGUGCAAUCCACCGACAGUUCUCGAGUAAUUGUAAAUCGGACAGUGUUACCAGAUGAUCCUCACGGUUAUUUUCGAACCUAUUUUAAACAGUCGGCCGAGAGUGGUCCUUUUGCCUGAAAUUAUUGGACAGGUAUUUCCGAAGGUUUCAUGCGGGGAAUGAAGACGCAGUGACCUCCCUGAUGAACUGUCUCGAUAAGGAAUAAAGUUUAACUUUAGAAUGAGAUUUCCUUGAUUUUAAUGGUGGGAUGUCAUUAUUAAAGCUGUUUUGAGAGAUCACGGAACAAGAGCCACCAUGGACUCCUGGGUGUUCCCCUCCUUGCCCCCCAAUCUGACCGGCGAACCCCUGAUGUACGACAGCUUCAUGCUAGCCAACGACUCAGCAGAGCCCGAUGGGAACUAUACGGGCGAUCACACGUUCAACCAGACCAGCACUAUGGUGAUCACCUUCCUCUACUUCCUGGUGUGCGGUAUCGGGCUCUGCGGCAACGCCCUGGUGAUCUACGUUAUACUGCGCUACGCCAAGAUGAAGACAGUUACAAAUAUUUACAUCAUGAAUUUGGCGGUCGCAGAUGUUCUGUUCAUGAUGGGGUUGCCGUUUAUCGCCAUUCAGCUGGCACUAGUCCACUGGCCGUUCGGUCCGGUGUUGUGCCGCGUGGUCAUGACCGUGGACUCGCUCAAUCAGUUCACCAGCAUCUUCUGCCUCAUGGUAAUGAGCAUCGACCGCUACCUGGCCGUGGUGCACCCAAUCCGGUCAACCAAGUGGCGCAAGCCACGCAUAGCAAAGACCAUCAACCUGGGAGUCUGGGGGGUGUCGCUCCUGGUCAACCUGCCCAUUGUGAUCUACAGCGGUUUGAUCACCAAGCACGAUAGUUGCUUCUGCACCAUAGUGUGGCCGGAGCCCGAGGAGGCUUAUUACACAGCCUUCAUGUUCUAUACCUUCUUCUUAGGUUUCUUCCUGCCGCUCAUGGUCAUCUGCCUUUGUUACCUUCUCAUCAUCAUCAAGGUGAAGUCUUCUGGGAUCCGAGUCGGAUCCACUAAGAGGAAGCGUUCAGAGCGCAAGGUGACUCGCAUGGUGUCCAUUGUGGUGGCCGUGUUCGUUUUCUGCUGGCUGCCAUUUUAUGUCUUCAAUGUGACGUCUGUGACCGGAACAAUCUCCACCACGCCCUUCCUGAGGAGCACCUUCGCCUUUGUGGUGGUCCUAGGUUAUGCCAACUCGUGCGCGAACCCCAUCCUCUACGCAUUUCUGUCGGAGAACUUCAAAAAGAGCUUCCAGAACGUUCUCUGUCGUAAAAAAGUGGGCGGGCUGGAUGAGAUUGAGCGCAGCAACAGCAGACAGGACAAGUCACGCAUGAUUAAUGACCCCACGGACACCCAGAGCACGCUGCUCAAUGGAGACCUGCAGACCAGCAUUUGAUGCUUAUUUAAUUGCACCCUUAAUGCGUGAUGUAUACCGACAUCUUCCAUUUCACAUCCUAGCUGCCCGACCCCCACAAGCUCAGCAUCACACUUACAAAUAAACAGAAACAUGUACACACACGCACACACACACUCAUUCUCUCUCUCUCUUUCUCUCUGAAGGCAGGAUUGUCACUGUGACCUGCUGUCAUGCCCUUUGAACCACUCACAUAGGGGAACAGUAGUGUUAGAGUUGGGAAUAUCACAGUUAGAGUUGAACUACAAUCUGUAGUGGAUACCGUGCUGGUUUUAAAGCCCAUACAUUGUAAUAUAGAGUAAAUUUAGUUGAGAGUUUUCCCUCUGGUGUUUGGAUGGUAGUCAGUGUCCUGAGUGUAGUAUUGACACCAGAAAGAAGUGGCCAGUGACAGGACCAGACCAGUGUUGUGUUUCUUAUUAAAACCAGAAAAUAAAUGAAGGAUGGAACCAAGAGGUACAACUCAGACAGUUACCUAAUGUAACCCAUUUGAAUGACAGCCCACACAAUUUAACCAUGGUGAACACAUUAUACACUGGUAGGUGUGAACCUUUCUGAACACAUUUUACACUGGUAGUUGUGAACCUUUCUGAACACAUUUCACACUGGUAGUUGUGAACCUUUCUGAACACAUUUUACACAGGUAGGUGUGACCCUUGAUAUCUAUCUUUAUCUCGCAUUUUCUUGGAACCAAUGGAUUACGAACAUAGGAAAUACGACAAAGUGGACUAUGGCUAUAGCCAGUGAGACAGUGUGGAUAUUGACUUUUGCAAGUAUAGUUUGCCUUAAACAACAGGCUCUGCAGAAUGUGGACUUGGUAACAGGGCUCAGAUAAUUGAUUGAGUAACAACCAUGAGCAUAUGACCACAUCACCCUCUGGAUCAUUACUCCAAUGUAUGGUUCAGUGGUCAAAGUACGUUCAACAGAGGGAGGAGGAACAGUUGUGAUGCUGGUACACCUUCGAUGACUGAAAAAGCCACUGCAGUCCUAAUACGCAAACUGCAGUGUCAUUAACACUUGUCACAGUUGAGAGGCAUGGCACGAGGCACAGAGCUGUAGGAGAUCCUUUUAUUAACACGCACAAAAAUAACAAAAGGCGUGUAUAACUGUGAACUGAGGCGCAACACAAAGCUAACUCCAAACAAUGACCAAAAAACUAAAAGGAAAACAAGAGCAACUUAAAAAGAGUCCCCAACCACAGGCAAUAGGGAGCAGCUGCCUCUGAUUGGGGACAAUUAAACCUAAGUACACAGAGAUGCCAAGGGGCACCUCAGCAGUCAGGCCCUGACUGUGUCCUCCAGGCACGUAGAGAUGCCUAGAGGCCCCCAGCCAGGACCUGGCAACACUGUGGUUAUACUUAGUGUUUUUUUUCUUUCUUUUAUGGACACACUUUAUGUGGACAAAUAUUUUGCAUUGAAUCUUGGGCUUGCAGAAUAUGCUGUACAUGUACACACUUGAAUUGUUGAAUCAUAUAAUUAAGGAUGAGUGAUAUGAGUCCCCUAGUCACUGUAAAUGCAUUUUCACUGAUAUUUUGUCCACACCUAUUUGUAAUGAACCUUUAACUUUUAUUUAUGCUGUGUUUCGGUGAUGCUAAAAGACUUAGAAAUUGAUGAUUAAGCCAACCUGACAAACCUGGGAACAUAUGAGUGACAACAUGGGUGCCAGUGCCAUAACAGUCUUUGCUAUAGAUUUGGAACUCUGCUAUUCUAGUUGACUCGCCGCAAAGCCUACCCAGAACGUACUAAUGGAUAGCAACUGUUGUCAUCUCUGACACGUCAGAAGCAUGACGGGCAACUGGGGCGUUUUCAUGAAAAAUAAGUGAAAUGUUUUAAAUGGCCUAAUGACUGUGAACAAGGUGUACUUACUGCUGUGAUUACUGAAAUGCAGAGCAUUUUAGAUUUUUUUUUUUCUUCAAAUCUAUAAUUCUAAUUAUGUAUAUAUAUACAGAGCUGGAAAUGAAGCUCGCCGCUCGCCUAAGGCGAGUAGUUUACAUUUCGUGCGAGUCUAAUUUUAGAACCACUAGUACGUCAGGCGAGUGAAUUCUUACCGAUAAGUUCGAGGGGGUUUUAACUGCGGUGACUGAAGUUAAUGAGUCAUCAGCCCUCGUAUUAUGAGGCUCAUAAUCAGUCCGCCAGACUCGCCUUAAAAUAAAUAGUGGUAAACCUUGCUAAGCCCCACCCCCUUGGUUACUGUAGCUACAAUUGUACGGUAUUCUAAUAUCUUUGACUUUGUAAAUGUUACAUUAUCCUGAAUGCAGCCCAUGUUUCAGUGAAUACUUUUGUAUGCACUAUUUAAUUAUUUAUUUUUUUGCAUAUAUCUGGGUGACUUGCAUUUACAAAACUCUUCUCUCAAAGUGGUAAUAUAAUAUUGUGCACAGAUUAAUAAAAAAUAUAUAUAGAAAACAUCCAUUUAUAUAGUACUAGCCCUGUUCGUUACUCUGUAAAUAGAGUUACAAACAGGGCUAGUAACAUUUUACCCAGGCUAGUGGACAUAUUGGCCUACUGGCCCAGCUGGCUAGUGCCAAAAAACCUUAAGAUCCACCCCUGUAUGUGUGUGUAUAAUUUCCUUCAGAAAGUAUUCAGACCCCCUUCACUUGCUUC